AUUUUUUGUGCAUAGGUGUCUGCUGCAGGGGGCAGAGCUCUCUCUGGCAUCAGGUCGGCGGUACGGUCUGAUUGGUCGUAACGGUUUGGGGAAGACAACGCUGCUGAAGAUGUUGGCGAGUCGUAACCUCCGUGUCCCGGCUCACAUCUCUAUCCUCCAUGUGGAACAGGAAGUUGCUGGGGAUGAGACGGCGGCGCUGCAGAGCGUCCUGGAGAGUGAUACGCAGAGAGAGGAGCUGCUGGACGAGGAGAAGAGGCUGAACGCUCGCAUCGCCAACGGAACUGCUGAAGGGAUGGAGAGCGUUCGACUGUCGGAGAUCUACGUCAAACUGGAGGAGAUCGAAGCCGACAAAGCCCCGGCCCGAGCUUCCGUCAUCCUGGCAGGUCUCGGGUUCUCUCCCAAAAUGCAACAGCAGAUGACGAGGGAGUUCUCAGGAGGAUGGAGGAUGAGGUUGGCGUUGGCCCGAGCUCUGUUUGCUCG